UUUGACAAAUCCAAAACAAAGUUCCACCUUCCUGUGGACAUGCUGGCAUUUGAACUGGCCAAGAAGAACCAGAUCCAGGUCAAUGAUGCCAACUACAGAACCUACCUGCACAACUGGACCUGCCUGCCGGACUCCAAUGAUGUUGUCCAGGCCAGACAAGUCUAUGACAUCCAGAGUGAUGCUGUUUACAAGGCUGAUCUGAAAUGGCUUCAAGGACUUGGGUGGGUUCCCAUUGGUUCGCUUGAUGUUGAAAAAGCAAAAAAGGCUGGAGAAAUACUGAGCGAAAGGAAAUAUCGUCAGCCCCCAAGCAACUUCAGGUUCACCAGCACAACUGAAGACAUGCCAUUAGUUUUGGCUAAAACCAACAAUAAUAUCGUGAACAAGCAACAAUAUGUUGAAGCCUGGAACAAGGACAAAACAACGGUCCAUGUCAUGCCAGAUGCUAUGGAUGUUGUACUUGCUAAACAAAACAAAGCCAACUACAGCUUGAAAUUAUACAAGCUUGCAAAUGAAGAAGCUAAGAAGAAGGGCUAUGACCUGCGCAAUGAUGCUAUAUCCAUCAAAGCAGCCAAGGCCUCCAGGGAUAUUGCCAGUGAUUACAAGUACAAGACUGGUUAUCGUAAGCAAGUUGGUCAUCAUAUCGGAGCCCUUAGCAUCCGAGAUGAUCCACUGCUCAUGCUGGCCUUGAACUCAGCUAAGAUUGCUAGUGAUGCUCUCUACAAGAAGGACUUUAACAAAUCUAAGACUAAGUUCCACCUUCCAGUUGACAUGCUGGCCUUUGAACUGGCCAAGAAGAAUCAGAUCCAGGUCAAUGAUGCCAAUUACAGAACCUACCUGCACAACUGGACCUGCCUGCCAGACUCCAAUGAUGUUGUCCAGGCCAGACAAGGCUAUGACCUCCAGAGUGAUGCUGUGUACAAAGCUGAUUUAAAAUGGCUUCAAGGUAUUGGAUGGGUGCCAAUUGGUUCUAUUGAUGUUGAGAAAGCAAAGAAAGCUGGAGAAAUCUUGAGUGAAAGAAAGUAUCGUCAGCAUCCAAGCAACUUCAAGUUCACCCUCACAACUGAAGACAUGCCACUUGCUUUGGCCAAAGCCAAUGCAGGCGUUAUGAACAAGAGAACCUAUGUGGAAGCUUGGGAAAAAGAUAAGACUAAAAUCCACGUCAUGCCGGAUACAAUGGAAAUAUUGCUUGCCAAGCAGAACAAAAUCAACUACAGUGAGAAAUUAUAUAAGCUUGCCAAUGAGGAGGCUAAAAAGAAAGGCUAUGACAUGCGUGGUGAUGCCAUUUCUAUAAAAGUAGCUAAAGCUUCUCGGGAUAUUAUCAGUGAUUACAAAUACAAGGCUGGUUAUCGUAAACAAGUUGGUCAUCAUAUCGGAGCCCGCUGCGUUGAAGAUGAUCCACUGCUCGUGCUGGCCUUGAACUCAGCUAAGAUUGCCAGUGAUGCUCUCUACAGGAAGGACUUUGACAAAUCCAAAACAAAGUUCCACCUUCCUGUGGACAUGCUGGCAUUUGAACUGGCCAAGAAGAACCAGAUCCAGGUCAAUGAUGCCAAUUACAGAACCUACCUGCACAACUGGACCUGCCUGCCAGACUCCAAUGACGUUGUCAAGGCCAGACAAGUCUAUGACCUCCAGAGUGAUGCUGUAUACAAGGCUGAUCUGAAAUGGCUUCAAGGUCUCGGAUGGGUCCCGAUAGGUUCGAUUGAUGUCGAAAAAGUGAAAAAGGCUGGUGAAAUCUUGAGCGAAAGGAAAUAUCGUCAGCACCCAAGAAACUUCAAAAACUUCAAGUUCACCCUUACAACUGAAGAUAUGCCAAUGGCCUUAGCUAAAAGUAAUGCUACCACCGGCAACAAGAAACUUUACACUGAAGUCUGGGACAAGGAAAAGACCAAAAUCCACAUUAUGCCUGACUGCAUGGAGGUUCUGUUGGCAAAGCAGAACAAUAUAAAUUACAGUGAGAAAAGGUAUAAACUUGCCAAUGAAGAAUCUAAGAAGAAGGGCUAUGACUUGCGUGGAGAUGCUAUUGCGAUUAAAGUGGCUAAGGCAUCCAGAGAUAUCAUCAGUGAUUACAAAUACAAGACUGGUUAUCGUAAGCAAGUUGGUCAUCACAUCGGAGCCCGCUGCGUCCAGGAUGAUCCUCUGAUCAUGCUUGCAUUGAACUCAGCUAAGAUUGCUAGUGAUGCUCUCUACAAGAAGGACUUUAACAAAUCCAAGACCAAGUUUCACCUUCCUGUGGACAUGUUGACUCUUGAGCUGGCUAAGAAAUGCCAGAUCCAAGUCAAUGAUGCCAACUACAGAACCUACCUGCACAACUGGACCUGCCUGCCAGACUCCAAUGAUGUUGUUCAGGCCAGGAAGGUCUAUGAUCUACGUAGUGAUGCCGUGUACAAAGCAGACAUGGAGUUCAUGACAGGUGUAGGAUGGGUCCCCAUAGGCUCACUUGAGGUCCUGAAGGCAAAGAAAGCAGCUGAGAUCCUCAGUGAUAGACUGUACAAACAAAAACCAGACAGGUUUAAAUUUACACAAGACAUGCAGUCCAUGCCCUUGGUGCUUGCCAAGACAAAUGCUCAAAUUAUGAAUCAGCGUGACUACCAUGCAGUGUGGGAGACAGAAAAGACCAAGAUCCACAUCCCUCCUGAUACUCCAGAGAUUGUGCUCUCAACUGCCAAUGCAAUGAACAAUAGUCGGAAACUAUACAGACAAGCAGUUGAAGACAUCUUCAGGAAGGGCUAUGACCUCAAAUCUGAUGCUGUCGCCAUCAAAGCUGCCAAAGCGUCCAGAGAUAUUAUCAGUGAUUACAAGUACAAGACUGGUUAUCGUAAGCAAGUUGGUCAUCACAUCGGAGCCCGCUGCGUCCAGGAUGAUCCUCUGAUCAUGCUUGCAUUGAACUCA